GGUCGAUAUUGAAGGAGGAGAAGCCGGGGAGAGCUGCAGUGAACAGGCCCUCUCCUGGCUUACAGCCCUCCACACACUCCAUCACCUCAGGGCAUUCAGUGUAGCUCCACCUCCCCCAGGUCUGCAGAGAGUGCUCGCUGAUAUCUAACACAUCCUGCAGCCAUUAUUCCAGUGUUAAUUUCACACGCACACAAAUCUACUACUCCAAGCAAACAUACAAAAAGGCCCUUCCUCUUUAAAUACACUCCCCAGUAGAAUCAUGCUGAGCAAGGAGAUCUUCCAGAGGCUGAGGUUGCCAGAUCUGGAUGAUGUUCGUCAGUGCGUCAGGAGCGUCCCUGCCCCCGUGCUUGUUAGUGUGGGGGCAGUUGCUGCUGCGACCGCAUACUACCUGGCAACACGCCCCAAGGCACUCCCAUCAGUCUGUGACCUCCACAUGCAGUCAGUUGAGGUUCCGGGCGGAGAUUUUGCACGCAUAUCAACUCUUCUGAACGGAGCUGCUCACUUGUCUCAUGUGUAUGAUGACGGCAGGACAAUGUACGAGUUCUUCCUCAGAGGAGCCCGAGUCUCCAAUAAUGGUGCCUGCCUGGGCUCCAGGAAACCAAAACAGCCCUAUGAAUGGAUAUCAUAUGGAGAGGUCAAGGAGCGAGCAGAGAAUCUGGGUUCCGCAUUUGUUCACAAAGGACACUCCAAGACCACCGACCCCCACAUCGGCAUCUUCUCUCAGAACAGACCUGAGUGGAACAUCACUGAGCUGGCAUGUUACACAUAUUCACUAGUGUCAGUCCCUCUGUACGACACCCUGGGAAGAGAGGCCAUUGACUACAUUUUGGACAAAGCGUCCAUCCACACGAUUGUGUGUGACGUGGUAGAAAAAGUCAACCUGGUACUUGACUGUGCCAAGAACAGGAAACACACUGUGAAAACCAUCGUUCUAAUGGAGACACCAAGUCCAGACCUGGUCAGCAGGGGGCGACAGGCUGGAAUUCACAUCCUCAGUCUGCAAGAGAUGGAGGCUAUUGGGAAAGCCAAGCAUCACCAACCAGUGCCUCCGCAGCCUGACGACAUGGCAGUGAUCUGCUUUACCAGCGGAACAACAGGAGAUCCAAAGGGAGCUUUGUUGACACACAGGAAUAUUGUGUCCAACUGCUCAUCCUUCAUCAAAUUGACAGAGAGUUGGUAUUCUUUUAGUGCCAGUGAUGUCCACAUAUCCUUCCUGCCGUUGGCUCAUAUGUUUGAGAGAGUAGCACAGGGAGUGAUGUUAGUCCAUGGAGCAAGGAUCGGCUUUUUCCAGGGAGACAUUCGUCGGCUGACAGACGACCUGAACACACUGAAACCGACUGUGUUUCCUGCGGUGCCCCGAGUCCUCAACAGAAUGUAUGAUAAGAUCUUUGGCAAGGCUAACACCACUUUGGAGCGCUGGCUGCUGGGGUUUGCCUACAGGAGGAAGGAGGCAGAGCUGAAGAAAGGCAUCGUGAGGAGAGACAGUAUCUGGGAUCGACUAAUCUUCAGGAAGGUCCAGGACAGCCUCGGUGGUCGUAUUCGUCUCAUGUUCACAGGAGCCGCUCCCAUCUCUCCUGUUGUUCUCACUUUCCUCAGAGCUGCAAUAGGCUGUCAGUUCUAUGAAGGCUAUGGACAAACCGAGUGCACUGCUGGCUGCACAAUGAACAUCCCAGGAGACUGGAGCGCAGGUCAUGUUGGAGCUCCUCUGCCCUGUAACUCAAUCAAACUGGUGGAUGUGCCCGAGAUGAACUAUCUGGCUGUAAACGGAGAGGGAGAGGUGUGUGUGAAGGGUACAAACGUGUUCAAGGGCUAUCUGAAGGACCCAGUGAAGACAGCAGAGACUAUUGAUGCAGAUGGCUGGCUUCAUACAGGAGACGUUGGAAAAUGGCUUCCAAAUGGUACACUGAAGAUUGUGGACAGGAAGAAGCACAUCUUUAAGCUGGCACAGGGGGAGUACAUUGCUCCUGAAAAGAUCGAGACUAUCUACCUGAGGAGUGAUGCAGUGGCACAGGUCUUUGUGCAUGGAGACAGCCUGCAGGCAUGUCUGGUAGCAGUGGUGGUCCCCGACCAUGACUUCCUAUCUGGCUGGACCAAGAAGACACUGGGCCUGGAGGGCCACUACCAGGAUCUAUGUGGAAGAGCGGAUGUGAAGGCAGCCAUCCUGGUGGACAUGGUGCGAAUUGGAAAGGAAGGAGGCCUCAAGUCCUUUGAGCAGGUUAGGGCCACCUACAUCCACACCGAGCUGUUCUCAAUCGAGAAUGGCCUUCUCACUCCGACGAUGAAGGCCAAGAGGAACGAACUGCGGCAACACUUCAGACCCCAGAUAGAAGAGCUGUACGCUGGGAUCACAAUGUAGAAGGAGAGGGGACACAACUGACACAAGAGCUCCUCCAAAAAUGUUUUCCGAUGGACAGCAAAGGAAGAAGGGGGGUCGGAGAAGGAAAAGGAGGAGGACAAGCUGACGCACACAAGGAAGUAAAGGAAGAGAGUCAUCCAGCUGCUCAGUCCUCAGUAACAAGAGAAACAACAGGAAGAGGAUGUCAUGUAGCUUUUAAUGAAACUUGAUUCAGAGCAUUCUGAACAAAAACGCACAAAACCUUUGAGGAACAGAGUAGAUUUUAUCUUUAAAAUAAAUAUGGCCACUGAUUGAAGGGUUUUGCCGAAGUUAUGGUCAGUUCUCAUCUCCAAUGAUGCAUUUUAAAGGGAAACAGUUUUUCACUAUGGCAUCAGAUAUCUCAGGAAUUCUGUGGCAUGAACCACACAUAGACACGCACACACACACACACACACACACAUUAACACUUUCUAACUUAAAGGACGAAGAGGGAACACUUCACUGAGGGUCAGAGUGAUGACUUAUGUCACACAAACACCCUGACACAUCACACAACAUGAACAUUUCAGGGGUUUUGACAGUUAUCGUCAAAUUGUAUUUCACUAUUUAAGUUUGUUCAAUUGGAUUUGAAAUCCACAUUGGAUACAUGGAUUGUUACUGUUGUGUUCUUCAGUAUGAGCCAUAUUGAAACUGCACAAACAAACUUAGCUGUUCACAGGGACACAGACACACUCAGGGCGAUUUUUGUAAUUUAUCUAUGUUUAUAACAGGAACAGGGGAGAUGCGUGGAGUCAGGAGUAUCAUAAAAAAGAACAAAUCUGAGAGAGAAGUAAAUAAAAAUAUUAAAACAAAAAGAAAUUAUACAAUAAUUAAAUGAACAAAUAGGAAUCAAAUAAUUAUAAGCAUUUUCACAUUUGUAUUUUAAUUAAUAUAUUUUGAAAAAACAUUGCUUUAUUUUUGCAUAUAAAUUACACUUUCUGUAUAUAUUUUUAAAGUUUUUAUUUAUUUGUAUCCGUUUUUACCUUAUUGCAAAAACAAUGGGGAAUAGAACAAGGAAAGGGAAAGGGAUAAGAGGACAUUAUAUAAAUUUGGUUAAAUAAAUGAGUAAUCAAUAUAUAUAAUUUUAGAAUUAAAUGAUUAAAAUUGGAAGGAAAUAAAAAUAUUUUUAAUAUAUAGCGGUAAUUCACAUUCUGCGUUUAUUUAUUAUUUAAUAUAUUUUCCCAUUAAACUUCUUAUUCUACAGAUUUUCUUUUUCAUGGCACUGACUCCAUUUUCUUGAAUUGUAUGUAUCUUAUGUUACGUUGAAAUCACACAUUUCUUAAUUUUACUUACAAUCUCAGUGUUAUAAUCUUGUACGUUUAUGAUGAAUUAAAUGGAAGUACUUUUA